GACUUUUAUCUGGCGCGUGGCGACAGGAAACGAGGCGAAACACGGUCACAUGACUGCUGAGCGCUUGUUGUGCAGCUCCAGCUGCAGCUGACAAACCGUGUCUACCGUGAUUCGCACUGAAUGAUCUGCUCUGAACUGGUUUCUAGUUGCUCAGAGCCCCAUUUCUGCCUAAGCUUCCCCCCUGCUCCAGAACAUGGAGGACAACAGCAGUCAAGUAGAGCUGGUCCUGUCCGGUGACAUGAAUCAGGAGGAUGAGGUGACCCAUCACUUCCAUCAGUCACAUGCCAGCAAACCCAGCCAGCACUCUCCAAGAAACAUCUGCUUUAUGGUCACAGCAGCUUUGUUCAUCUUUGCCUUUGGGUUCCUGAUCGGCUAUCUUGCUCAUCCAAAGACAGACAGAAUCUCUCCGAUCUGCAUAGAGUCCGAGUCCUCUGAGGACGAUGGUAAUGGCCCACUUGAGACGGAUGUCUUCCUGGACUGGAGCAAUCUUACAGCCUUUUUAAAAACCACACUGACCACCAGCAGCAUUGAAAAGAGUCUCAGUCAGUUCUCCAGUGACAGUCAUGAGGCAGGAUCUCUAGGAGAUGAGAAACUGGGCGAAAAAGUUUUGAAAAUAUUCAAGGAUUACAACAUGAAGCCCUGGACUGAUGAGCACUUUGUUAAUGUCCAGGAGGGUCCUACACGUGGCACAAACCGAGUGACGUUCCGUGAUGCAACGUUUGAAGAAUCUGGUUAUUUGGCCUACAGUGCAAAUGGAUUAGUGAAGGGGGCAGUUUUGUAUGCCUAUUAUGGACAAGUGGGCGACUUCAAACAGCUGCAGGACUUAAAUAUCAACCCCAGCGGAAGGAUCGUCUUAGUCAGAGCUGGAAAAAUUAGUUUUGCUGAAAAGGUCGCUAAUGCAGCCAGUGUGAACGCUAGCGCUGUGCUGAUCUACCCAGAUCCUGCAGACUACACAUUUGAUGAGGGAACAGCUCUGUUUGGCCAUGUCCAUCUUGGCUGUGGUGAUCCGUACACUCCAGGCUUUCCAUCUUUCAAUAACACUCAUUUUCCUCCAGCAAAGUCUUCCGGCCUGCCAGCCAUUCCUGCUCAAACCAUUACAGCCAGCACAGCUGGAGCCAUCAUGAGGAAAAUGGAAGGUCCCGAUCCUCCUCGUGGGUGGGGUGAGGGAGGUCUGCCAGAUGUAUCAUACAAACUUGGUAGAGACAAUGACACAGGCUCUGUGGAGGUCAGCAAUGUCCUUGUGGGUAAAAAGAUCCUUAAUGUGUUUGGAGUCAUCAAAGGUUUUCAGGAUCCAGAUCGCUAUGUGGUGAUUGGAGCUCAGAGGGAUGCCUGGGGUCCUGGAUAUGCCAGCUCUACUGUUGGCACCAGUUUGCUGGUUGAGUUAGCCAGGACCUUUAGCGAAAUGAUAAGUAAAACUGGAUUCAAGCCGAGGAGAAGCGUAGUGUUUGCGAGCUGGAGUGCUGGAGAAUAUGGUGCUGUGGGCGCCACCGAGUGGCUGGAGGGCUACCUGUCUUCUCUGAAUAUGAAAGCUUUCUCCUACAUUAGCCUGGAUGGAGUUGUCACAGGUCCUUUUUUUAAAGCAAGUGCAAGCCCACUGAUGUAUGACUUAAUUCAGAGUACUCUGAAAGAGGUGUCCUCGCCCACUAAUGGCAGCAUGAGUUUGUAUUCACAAGUGAAUGGAAGCAACUGGGAAGCUGCUGUGUUGGAACCAAUGAGGAUGUCUGAUCCUGCCUAUCCAUUCCAGGCUUUCUCUGGCAUCCCCUCUGUCUCAUUCUGCUUUACCUCAGAUAAAGGAUAUCCAUUCUUUGGCACUAUGCUGGACACCAAGGAGAAUCUCUAUAAUGCAACGUCCAUGAACUUACUUGUUUUGACCACAACAGCAGGAGAGAUAGCUGGGCAGAUGGCUCUUCGGCUGGUCCAUGACCAUCUCCUCGGACUGAAUGUGGAGGCAUACAGCAGCAUCGUCCGCACCAAUGUGGCCCAUAUCAACAAGGAAGUCAUCAGUCUGCAAUCGUCUGGCCGCCUUCCGAAGAUCCUGAAGCUGCAGUGGUUGUUUUCAGCUAUGGGCUCUUACAGUCGCGCUGCCAGUAAACUCACCUUCAGCAUUAAAAACAGCAACCUGAAAGACACUGAGCAGUGUCGCAUCAUCAAUGACCGAAUUAUGAAGGUGGAGAGGGAUUUUCUUUCUCCUUAUGUUUGUCCACUGGAGAGUCCAUUCAGACAUAUAUUGCUGGGCUCUGGCUCACACACUCUGGGAGCUUUGCGUGCACACCUGGCUGCGAUAAAGGAGGGCUCUGCCAGUGCUGAUACUGACCUGCUGAGGAACCAGUUUGCUCUGGCCACCUGGACCAUCCAGAGCUGUGCCAAUGCGCUGGCAGGCAGUGUGUGGGACAUAGACAAUGAAAUUUUGGUAGAAUGAAUGUCUGAAAGUCCGACUGCACUUUUGCACAAUUUCAUUAGAAUGCCUUAAAGUGAUACUGUGCUAUACUUCACUGCAGUAAGCAGACAGCUGCACCUCGGAUGACAGCAUUAUAGACUAUGGAAGGGUCUUGAGCCCCUGCCCCUUUGCCCUUAGAUUGUACAAAUGCGCUCUCGGUCAGCGUGUAUAAUAAUUGUGUUUUAUACGGCCAGUCUUAAAGAUCUGUUUCAGCGAGGCGAGGCAAGGCCGCAUCCUGGUAAUAGAGCUAGUGGGUCAGCUUACUGCAAGCUUUACAACUCUAACCCCUCUGGUGCAGUACUGACCGCCUGUGGAGAUUUCUCAUCUAAUCUGUUACAGAUCACUAAGAAAGCGUCACAUCCCAUAAUGUGGUUUAUUUUUGAAAAACAAUUUAACAGAACAUGUUGGCAGAACACGCAGUCAUAUGCAAAAGUUUGAACACCCCAGUCAAAUUACACGUUUUCUGUGAAAAUAUGUGAAGAUAAGUAUGACAUUCUCUAUAGUGAACAUACUUAAAUAUUAUAUUUUUCUGCAAUUUUGGUGCACGAUUUAUGUUUAUUUGCUGAGUUUAACAUAUUGGAAAAACGUAAAACAUAAAAUGUGCAACAACUGUGCACAGUCCACAUUUUAUAUUUUGUUGUCCAAUAUGUUAAAUUCAGUAAAUAACCAUUAAUUGUGCAUUAAAAAGUGCAGAAGUAGUUGUAGUAUUCGUACAAACACACAGUAGAGGUGUACAAUGCACAUAUUUUCUAGUCUGAGAUAAAUUAGUUUGGCCCACGAAGGCUGAACCGAAAUGAGACAGUCUGCCCUACAGUGGAUUUUCUGUUUGCGUCACAGCACAGCUGUUCCCGCCCUUACAGUUGCAUCCGAAACGCUGCUCCUGUAAAGUCCUUUUAAAGUUCUUUAAAGAUGGAGCCGGAAACUUUGAUUUCAGUUGUUUAUUUUUCCAUUUAUUAGAGCUGGAGAUGCUUCACCGCGGCUACUGAUGAUUACAUUUUUAUCGUUAGCCAUUCGCCUCAGUUUAAACCCAAUACUUAUAUUUAAAAGUGUCUCUUCAGCCGGAGUUCGCUCCUCUGCUGACACCGCCAUGUUCUCAAAUCCUCGCCGGCAGGCAGUGAACUUCAAGAUAUGUUGGCUGGUGAAGGAUCCACCCGCUGGAUCCUUCAUUGCCAUGGAAAAGAAGGACACAUUUCUCGGCCGCAUAUGAAGGAAAAUGGGACAGUCUAGUCGCACCGCUGUGACGCAAUCGGCCUUCAAAUGAACUGGGACACACUGUCUGAAUUCAGUUCAUAAAGGCCUAUUUAGCUGAUGAGCUGAAUCAGGUGUGUUUAAUGAGGUAGCGUGCUGUCGUGUUUUGGCCCAUCAGGACUGGAGCUUGACACACGUGCAUUAUAACAUAAGCUCCGCCCCUCUCCGCCCACUUUACUCUGAUCACCCUCAUAGCUAGUUUUGGUCAGUGAAAGUGGGUUCCGUGAAAGAUGAUAAAUGAGAGACCCUCGGAAGAAACCGAGGGCCGUAUUGGCCAUACAGGUUUAAAUUUGAUUUUUGAUUUUGUUUUGAAAUAGUUGACCCCUUAAAAUCUUAUUACAUACAUAUUACAUGCAUACACAGUCUUAUUACAUGCUAAGGCUUAUUAUUCAGUAACUAC